CUGAGAAUAAUCCUUUUCUGCAUACUGAUGGCUGAUAUAACAAUUUUUACCCCUCUAAAAUUUCAGGUGCUUGAAAAGGACAUAUCCAACUUGAUGGAAUCAGCAAGUCGUGAAAAGCGAGCGGUUGUCUGCGCACCGGCAAAACCUGGACCACCUGGUACGCCUGGUAAAGAUGGAAAGCCGGGCAAAGAUGGAGCGCCAGGACAACGAGGAAAGGAUGCCAGAGAUAUUCUUGCAGAACAGGAAGAAAAGUGCAUAAUUUGUCCAGCCGGUGAGAUGGGUCCCAUGGGACCUCCUGGUGAUCGCGGCGAAACUGGGGAAAAAGGUAUCAAAGGUCCUGCUGGAACUCCUGCAACUGAUGGAAUUGACGGUGAAAUGGGUCCAGAAGGUGAUAUGGGAUUGCCAGGAUUCCCAGGUAGACCGGGAGCUCGAGGUCCAAGUGGACGCCCCGCUGAAGGCGGAAUCGGCAAACCAGGACCAAAAGGAGCAGAUGGCCCCGUUGGAAGAGCAGGAGCCCAAGGUCCACGAGGAAAGCGAAAUUACAUCUACGGACCACCUGGUCCGGUAGGACAACCUGGUCCAAAUGGAUUAGAUGGAGUAAAUGGGAACGUCGGAGAUAGAGGACCAAAAGGACCACCUGGAGAAAAAGGGGCUGAUGCGAAGUUCUGCCCAUGCCCAAUGGAACUGCAAAUCAUCAAUCAAAAUGUGAGACACUCUAUUACAGAUUUUUUCCAUUUGUUCUACAGAAAUGACUCUGGAAGGUCUCCAUUUGUAGCACUGAUCAAAGAGCCUACAAAAGAGAUGCAAAGGAGCUGA